AUGGAGACACAAGCCAACAGGCCUCACCGGCCUUCCAAAGAGAAGAAACAGCACAAAAGAGGGGAAAAGAACGUCAAGGCCUUCGCCGUCGCACGACCUGGGCGACUUGCAAAGCAAGCCGUGCGGUCCAGCGACAUCAAGGAAAAGCGCCUCCAUGUACCCCAGGUCGACCGAAUCCCAGAAGAAGCCCCGCCCAUUGUCGUUGCCGUCGUCGGCCCUCCCGGCGUCGGAAAGACGACCCUCAUCAAAAGCCUGAUCCGACGCUACGCCAAACAAACCUUGUCGCACCCGACAGGACCCCUCACCGUGGUGACCUCGAAGAGACGGCGCCUCACCUUCCUCGAAUGUCCCUCCGACUCCCUCGCUGCCAUGAUCGACGUUGCGAAGAUCGCCGAUAUCGUCCUCCUCAUGAUCGAUGGCAACUACGGUUUCGAGAUGGAGACGAUGGAGUUCCUCAACGCCCUGAGCGUCUCUGGCAUGCCGGGGAACGUCUUUGGCAUUCUCACACACUUGGAUUUGUUCAAGAAGCAGAGCACACUCCGUGCGGCCAAGAAGAGGUUAAAACACAGGUUCUGGUCGGAGCUGUACCAUGGAGCAAAACUGUUUUAUCUGUCGGGUGUGAUCAAUGGAAGAUAUCCCGACCGAGAGAUCCACAAUCUAUCCAGGUUCCUUUCGGUCAUGAAGAAUCCCAGACCCCUGAUAUGGAGGAACAGCCAUCCGUACUGCCUCGCAGACCGUUUCCUGGACGUGACACCCCCCACCGAGAUUGAAGAGAAUGAGAAAUGUGAUCGGCAGGUGGCACUAUACGGGUACCUUCGAGGCACAAACUUUCCAGCGGAGGGUGCACGAGUGCACGUUCCGGGCGUGGGAGACUUGACGGUCAAAGAAAUUGAAUCUUUGGCCGACCCCUGUCCGACGCCCUUUCUAGACCAGGCGAUGGCUAAAGCGACAGGAAAAGCCCAACGACGAAAGCUGGGCGAGAAGCAAAAAGUUUUGUUUGCACCCAUGUCUGACGUUGGUGGUGUGCUGGUUGACAAAGAUGCCGUCUACAUAGACGUCAAGACGAAUACAUUUGACCGGGAGGCGGAAGAUGCAGAGGAGAGAGGACUGGGCGAACAACUCAUGAUGAGCCUACAGGCAGAACGAAAGUUACUCGGACAGGCGGACCGUGGCGUCCGACUUUUUCAGGGCAGCCGGCAGCUCACUGCGGAUGAUGCUACAGAGAACGACACCGGCCGUAAGACGAAAAGGGGGGUCCGUGCAUUCGGUGAUAAAGGCGACCUUGCGGAAGCCAUUGAGGGAGAUGAGGAUGAAGGAUUCGUCAGUGGCGAGGAUGACAGUGAAGCAGAUGAUGAAGAUGCCAACGGCUUCCCCGAGCAUACGGGAAGACCUGGGUUCGUCGCAGAAGAUGAUUCCGCCGAGCAUGAGGGCGAAGACGAUGUUGCAUUUGCUGAAAGUGACUCCGAUAUGGGCUCCGUCUCAGGCGAUGAUGACGGCAGCAGGGAUCUCUCGGCUGACGAGCUUGAGGGGUUGGAAGACGAGGAAGACUUCGAGGACGAGGACGAGGACGAUGGUGGUCUGCGUUGGAAGGAGAAUCUUGCUGAAAGCGCUCGGAAGUUGCAUUCCAGCAAAGUCGCAUUUCGGGCUGCCGAUCUUUCGAGACUGAUGUAUGAUCUCACUCUAUCACCCUCCCAAGUAAUUUCCAAGUGGGCCGGACAAAAGGUGGAACAAGACACGAUGGCCGGCGAAGAUGAAGAUGAAGAGGAAAUUUUCUUCAAGAAAGCGAAGACUGAUCAAGAGACCACCCUCGAGGACCGACAGACACCCAAGUACGAUUAUGAGGCGCUUGCUGAGAAGUGGGAAGAUGAAGAACAUAUCCAGUCACUGAAACCCCGCUUCACGAAAGGCUCGAUGGCUACUGGAGCCAAUGCAGAUUCCGAGGCCGAAGGCGAGGACGCCGAGGAGGAUGGGGAUGACGAGUCUGACGAAGGAGAUGGCGAAUUCGAAGAUCUGGAGGCUGCAGCGGACGAGGAUCCCAAAGCUACAGCCGAGCUCACAUUGGAGGAAGAGCGGGCCCAAAAUGCCAAGCGCAAAGAGGAACUGAAGUUACGCUUCGAGGAAGAAGAUCGAGAAGGGUUCGCGAAUGCUGUAAAGAAGGACAUUGAAGCGACAGAGCAGGAGUUCGGGGAAGACGAAUGGUACGACGCGCAAAAAGCGAUGCUUCAGAAGCAGGUCGACAUCAAUCGAGCAGAGUUCGACAGCCUUGACCCGGUCUCGCGAGCAAGAGCCGAAGGAUUCAAGGCUGGCACCUACGCACGGAUAGUGCUGGACAAAGUGCCGUAUGAAUUUGUGCGGUCCUUCAACCCGAAGCUACCUGUCAUUAUCGGCGGAUUGGCGCCCACGGAAGAUCGAUUUGGAUUUGUGCAGGUCCGCAUCAAGCGACACCGCUGGCACAAGAAGAUUCUCAAGACGAACGAUCCACUCAUCUUCUCGCUCGGCUGGCGGCGGUUUCAAACGUUGCCGCUAUAUUCGAUAUCGGACUCCCGGACUCGCAAUCGGAUGCUGAAGUAUACCCCCGAGCAUAUGCACUGCUUUGGCACCUUCUACGGACCACUCGUUGCCCCAAAUACUGGAUUCUGCUGUGUCCAAUCUUUCUCCAACGCCAACCCAGGGUUCCGGAUCGCGGCGACCGGGGUGGUGCUGAACGUUGACGAGACCACCGAGAUUGUCAAGAAGCUGAAAUUGACCGGGUACCCGUACAAGAUUUUCCGCAACACGGCCUUUAUUCGCGACAUGUUCAACUCCUCUCUCGAAAUUGCCAAAUUUGAAGGAGCAGGGAUCCGGACUGUUUCUGGGAUUCGUGGACAGAUCAAGCGAGCCCUCAGCAAGCCGGAAGGGCACUUUCGAGCGACCUUCGAGGACAAGAUUCUCAUGUCUGACAUUGUUUUCUUGCGAGCAUGGUAUCCCGUCAAGCCACAUCGAUUUUACAAUCCCGUCACGAAUUUACUAGAUGCGCCCCCUACAGGCCGUGCAGAUACCGGAGAGGAAGGACACGGCGUCAACGAUGGAGCUAGCGAAUGGCAGGCGAUGCGUCUCACUGGCGCCGUGCGAGCAGCGAUGGGCAUACCGACUCCACUGGUCAAAGAUUCGGCGUACCACAAGAUUGAACGACCAGUUCGGCAUUUCAACCCAUUGCGAGUGCCAAGGACUCUAGCCGCGGAUCUUCCAUUUAAAUCACAAAUCACACAACAGAAGGCACGCAAAGCACCAACCUAUCUCCAGAAACGAGCAGUGGUCCUGGGCGGAGAGGAGAAGAAGGCACGCGACCUCAUGCAAAAGCUGCAGACCUUGCGGAACGAGAAAGCGGAGAAGAGGGCGAAGAAGCAGGAAGAGAGACGGGCCGUCUACCGUAAGAAGGUGGCCGAGAACCAGGAGAAGAAGGAAGAGCGCGAGAGGAGAGAACGAGACGAGUUUUGGCGACGAGAAGGGCGAAAGCGAAAGACGAACGAUGGUAGCGGUGGAGGAAGAGGAGGAGGAGGGAAGCGGGCAAAACGAUGA